CCGACUCACACGCAUUAACUUGUUGCUUCUUGGUGAAUUGUCUAAAGUUCGCAUGUUUCUUGAUUUAAACCAUGACAUUUGAUAAGUUAGGAAUACUUUAAUUCUAAAACAUUCUUCGAAAAGGAUUUUUUGCUACCAGGAAUUCUUGCUUAAAAGAAAAGGAUGGCCAGUAACACAUCUGAUAGGCCGUUUGUAAACAAGGAUACAUUCAUGGAACUGUUAACUUCUACAACCAUCGGCUCAAUAUUGAAAAGUUCAAUACAGUCUAUAUCUGCCACAGACAAUAACAUUGUAAAGUCUACAUUUAAUACCAGUAAAACAUUGUCUACAUUGUCAGCUAUAUUCGCCAAUACGACGUCAUACUACAUUAAUGCUACCACGGCUCUAGAGGAAGAAUUUUGUACACAGCCAGCAUUCCACGAGUUCCCGCCAGAUCUUUUCACAAGCAGUCAACGAUCCCAUGGUGCUAUCAUCCUGCACAUUCUUCUUGUGAUUUACAUGUUUGUUGCACUGUCUAUAGUAUGUGAUGAUUAUUUUGUAGCAUCUCUUGACAAAGUGUGUGAGCGACUUGGUUUUAGUGAGGAUGUGGCAGGAGCAACUUUUAUGGCAGCUGGGAGCUCCGCACCUGAACUGUUUACUGCGAUUAUUGGUGUGUUCAUUACAAAAGGAGAUGUUGGAAUAGGUACCAUUGUUGGCUCAGCCGUUUUCAAUAUCCUUUUUGUUAUUGGGAUAUGCGGAGUUCUUAUAAAGCAGGCGAUAUCCUUGUCUUGGUGGCCGCUUUGCAGAGAUUCAAUAUUCUAUGCUUUGGCUAUUAUAGUUCUUAUUCUGGUGGUAGCUGACUCCAAGGUCACGUGGUAUGAAUCAGUCAUUAUGCUUCUGUUGUAUGGAGUUUAUAUUGUCAUUAUGAGAUACAACCGCACUAUCCAGAGCAUAGUUACGGACAAACUGAAAUGGUUAACGACGGAGAAAAUUUCUGCCAAUGGAAUUAUCGGAAAACAGCUGAACAAGUUUCAAGGGGAUUACGAGCAAUUUGGUGAUGAUGAUGAUGUAUUUCAUUCGUCUACUGAAGAUAAUAAAGAAGAUCAUACAGAAAUGAGGGAGUUCCAGACGACCGAACAAACGUCGGCCGAUAAUUAUGCCCUUAAUUCAAAUAUCAAGCUUACUUUUGAUGAAGCAGCAUUCCGUAUUAUGAUGGGGCAUAACUUUAAAGGAAAGUGUAGGUUCAUAGCUGCUGCCAGGCUGGUAGUUUCUUAUCACCUACGAAUGAAAGCGGACAGUGCAUUUCUUCGGCGCCAAUUAUUUAAAAAAGCAAGCAGAGCCUCUACUAUGCGGUCAUAUGCUAAAUCAGUCAGAAAUUGGAUGAGCAUGGCAUAUGAUGAAAACAUAGAUGAUUGGAGGAAACUGCCAAAUAUAGAGCAAGAUGGUUAUUUGGCAGCGGCAAAGUGGUUUAUAGUUUAUCCAAUUAAAACAUUGUUAUAUUACACCAUACCUGAUAGUAGAAAACCAAGAUGGGAGAAAUACUUCAUAGCAACAUUUGCCAUGUCUAUAGUCUGGAUAUUUCUGUUCUCGUACGUCACUAUUUGGAUGGUAACGUAUAUAGGUUACGCGUUCAGUAUUCCUGACAGCGUAAUGGGCAUUACAUUCCUCGCCGCUGGAACUAGUAUUCCUGAUGCAUUAGCCAGUGUUUUUGUAGCCAAACAAGGUAUGGGUGAUAUGGCGGUGUCAAACUGUGUCGGCAGCAAUAUAUUUGAUAUUCUCCUAGGACUUUCGUUUCCAUGGUUCCUGAAAACUGCCAUUGUCAGUCCGGGCUCAACAGCAGCAAUAAACAGCGAGGGAAUGGUGUACAGUAUUAUUCUACUUUUCUUAACCGUUCUUCUCACUGUUGGAGCUGUGCAUUUCUCUGGAUGGAUGUUAAAUAAAUGUGUCGGGAUCACGUGUCUAUCUGUGUACGCCCUCUAUGUGACUAUUUCAGUGAUGAUAGAAUGCAAUGUAUUUGGCUUUGUAAAUCCACCCAUGUGUGUCGAAUAGGGAUAUAUAUUCUAGGAUCUUCAAAUAUAGAGUAGAAAGUGUUUUAUUAUAAAUCAUUAAUCAUUAUAUACACACAUAUAAUUAUAUACAGGCAUUCAUUUUAAAUACAAACAAAAAUGCAUAAAAACGAAUAAAAAAUAUUUUUCACUCGAAGUAUUGUUCUUGAAUGGUGUAUCAUAUUUGUCAAUAAGAAAGCUUUGAACUAGGAUAAAUGCAGUGUUUUAUCUUAUAAAUCUUAUAAUUUGUACACAGGUAUUAUAGACAGCAAUAUGCAACUGCCAAAAUCAAAUAAUUGUUUUGUAUGUUUUCCCAUUAACCACCUAAACGUGUGCAAUGGAUAGGCUAAUGCUAGGCUUUGCUAAGUGCAAAUGACAAACAUUGAGCCUUCAACAGAAGAGCGCCUAGGCAGACAGCCCGGACGUUCAGACUGCCAUGCUCUAAGCUGGUAGGGCAAAGUCAAGAUUACUUUGAUUCCAUCAGAAGAUUAAGGGUUAAAUUAAUAUUUAAGCAUCUAUUAUUUUGUAUAAAAUUGUCACAUAGAACCAUACAUGUAUUAUAAUGAAUAAA